GCAGUAUUCGAAAAACAUUUCAUCUCUUAAUCACAAGUUUGUGCAUUGAAGGAAUCAUAAAUUUUGCUCAGUCACCCGAGUUUGUUAGUUGGGAAAAAGAAAAGAAGAGAUGGUGCUUCCGUUGAUGAAACUGGGUACCCUAUUGGUCAAAACCGUAAGUAAGCCCUUAGCUAGUCAGCUUAAGCACCAAGCCAAGGUUCACCCCCAGUUUCGUCAGUUUAUCAUCAACUUUGCUCAGAGAAACCAUAGAAUAACGACGCAAAUACAAAGAAGGAUAUAUGGGCACGCCACUGAUGUUGAGAUUCGUCCCUUGGACGAGGAGAAGGCUGUUCAAGCUGCUGUUGACCUUAUUGGAGAGCUCUUCAUCUUUGCGGUGGGUGGAGGCGUUGUUGUUUUUGAGGUUCAGAGAAGUUCACGCUCAGAAACUAGAAAAGAGGAAGCACGUAAGCAGGAACUAGAGGAGUUGAGAAUAAAAGAUGAAGAAAUGGAAAAGAAAAUGGCGGAUCUUCAGAGCAGACUAGCUGAGGUUGAACAACUUGCCAAGGCGCGUGGACUGACGGGUAUGUUCAAGUUAAGACAGCAACCCAAUACUAAGGGUAGCGAGAAUCCAGCUGAUACAUCCGGCCAAUCAUCAUCAUCUUGAUCAACUUAAUCAUUCUCCAAGACUCAUCCAAAGUUAACAACAAAUACAGUAAUGAUUCUUUUAAUGGGGAGGACGCGUUUCCAAUUCUUUCCUUCACAUUCUUGUAAAUCGACCAUCAUAUAUGCAUACUGUAUCACCAUCAUUCUGCUUUAUAACAACUAUCUAAGUCAAAUUUGGUGACAAAUAAAAAGGUUUUGAUGUUGAGGUUGUGGAGCUCAUGCUAUAUUGUCUUUUCAACAUUCGUUUUUUUUUGGGCAACUUAAAAAGAUUCAUAUAAUUCUGAAAACCAAACUGGUAAUUCCGCAACCAUAUGGAUAACAAAUGACGAUUGAUUUCUUGUAUUGCAUGUAAGAUUGUCCGCCUUUAAAUUUUUAUCUUUGAAUUUUAUGUAUGUGGCAUAUAAAUGAGCUCUGAAUUAUUAAAACUUCUCUUCAAAAAAUAUUUCUUUGCUUAGAUUUUGGUCUUUCAAAACCCUUUUUUGGAACAUAAAUAUUUGAUAUGCUUUAUAUGUUCUUAUUAAUAACAAAAAAUGUACAGUACAAAACUGUAGCCUUACCUACUUUCCUAAAUUUUGGAUUAUUCUUUGUAAUAAUUAAUAAAUACGGUAAAUAAUAAAUUUAUUAACUUUAAAUUGAACCAUGUUUGAUAAUAUAUUAAAUGUUUGAAUUUUUUAUAUAAAAUAUAUAGUUUCAGUGUAUAUAUAAAUUAACCAUGUUCGAAACUAUGCUAGGCAUAAUGCGUGCGAUUGAGCAGCGCCUAGCCCGUAAUUAAUUAAUCAGGAAUUAUACGGGAAUUAAUCGGGAAGUUAU